AUGGAUCAUAUUCCUCAGGCCACGAGAAGCCCCCACUCGCCCAUCAAAAUCCCAUUCGUUGUUUCAGAGAGGUUUCAACCUGUCGUUCUCAACCAGGGCAGGAUCCGGGUGGAAGUGGAUUUUGACGACGAUGGUCGGCCACUUUUUGAGAUUUCAAAAGACGAUGAAGAGACAACUCCCGAAGCCCUCUCCAGAAUGACUGACAUCCUCGACUUUUACCAGGCACGGUGCUUCUUUGGCCUCCUGGCAUCAGCCUACUCCGCUGCCGGCAAGUUGUUGGACAUGGAGAUUUACAUAGACCGCAGCGAUGAGAAGCAGGUGGUGCUCACCACAAAAAGGCUUCUUCCGGAGCUUGAGGAUAUUUUCAUUCAGCAAGCGACAUUGAUGGAUGCGGCAAAAGUCGAGAAAUAUAUGCAGAUGGACAAUGCUAUACAAGAGUCGGAAAAUUUGACUUUUGUACUCCAGAAGUUUGCUGUCGACCUGUUCGAGACGCUACAAGCAAAUCAGGAAGCGAACCAGACUCGACGAUCUGAGUUGUGGAUGAUAGAAGUCAUCACUGAAUCAGCUGCAAUGCUCCGGGAGACAAUUCUCACCGCUUCACGUCAGACUUAUCUGCCUGUCGACUCGAGCGACGACUCGGCCCUGGCACCAAUAUUCGGCCGUGACCUUCCCAUAGCACCUGACAAUAUUCUUUGCAUGGACCGCUUUCAUAAGGCCGGAUGGUGUCCUCGGCAAGCCACGGAGGUCGCAAGCACAAUCCUGAGGUCUAGAUCUGUCGCAUUCUCUCUCAGUUCCAUCGACCGGAGAGAUGCUGCAAAUGGGAAUCACAGCAUGUGCUCAACAGCUGAAUGCGUUCUGGAAAAUAUCGACAAUGAUGCAUAUGAGCCGAUGCACACAAUGGAAUGCGGCGGAGAUAACUGUCCGCUGGUUCCAAGCAGGGAAGACGGAUACGAUACUCCAUCCGCCCUUAUCGCGCAGUCGGUUAGAAGCAAUUGCAUCCCGGCUAUCAGUGUGAUUGAGAAACCAAACGGGGAGAUUUUCCUGGGCGUUAGAAGUUAUCGGCCGUGCCCGGCCGCUCCCAGAAGUCCUUUUGAGAAUCGCCUAAUGAACGACGUAGUCCCCGAGGACAGCCUCCAACAAAGCCUGGUGGAGGAAUAUAUGAUUAAACUUUGUGAUGAUCCUGUUCCAAAUGCAAACCGCCACGAAACAAGUACAGAAUGCUCUGGAUCAGAGGAGCUUUUUCCUUCCCGAAAUGUUUUUGACGCGGUCUUUGGUUCGGUCCCUUCCGGCCAUCUCCUUCCAUACAUUGCCAUAUCUCAUGUUUGGUCUCAGGGCCUCGGGAAUCGUCGCAGCAACUCACUGCCUUUAUGUCAACUCAGACGUCUCCAACGGUUCGUGGAUGCUCUUGUUCCGCAGGAACGCCGCCCAGUGCCUUUCUGGAUUGACACUAUCUGUGUUCCAUUGGAGCCAACGGCGCGAGACGCCGCCAUCAAGGCUAUGCGAAUCGUUUAUCGCGAUGCCAUAGCAGUAUUGGCGGUCGAUAGCACGUUGACGGAAUUCGAUCUUUCGAGCGUCUCAGGUGGGAAUUGUGGUCAGUCUAGCCUUCAAACUUGGCAGGUAGAAAUUUUGAUGAGAAUCAAAGCCGCGCCUUGGGCUCAAAGGCUGUGGACAUAUCAUGAAGCUUGCCUUGCACAACAACUCUAUUUUCAAUUAGGCGGCCUCGCUCCAGCAAUCUGGAGUCUGGAUAUUGCUGGCAUCGAAGACAGCCUCCCGCGGGAAAUGAAACGAAUCAAUCGAGGUGACACAAUAGCCAAGCCAGAGGGUAUGACGAGUGCUUCGAAGGAGGAACUGGGCAAUUCCUCCAAGAAGCAGCCGGUUUUGAUGCCGCUUGAAUAUACGAGGGGCUAUCUAUUUGUCGAAGCUGCCGCAUUACAGCUCUUCGGUAAGGACGCCCCGGAUUCUAGCACUCAAGACUUUAGCAGCGACCUCCGCUAUCUGAGUCGUCAGCUUGCUCUGCGCACCACAUCCCGUUUGCAAGAUGAGGCGGUAUGCCUUUCUACGCUGCUCGGACUAGAGCCUGCUGCCGUCAUGUCAGAUAAACAGGGGGAGCUGGUUCCGGAUGAGGAGAGGAUGAUGAGGCUUUGGGAGGUUCUGGAACCGGCGAAAAUUCCAGCAGGAAUCCUGUUCUGCAACCGACCAAUUUACGGCAAACGGGGGUCGGGAUGGAUGGUGAAAAGUUUGUUGAGGGACGACAGAGGAAAUUGGAUCGACGGUAUGGGGUGUGGGAAUGUCUCACAAAAGGAUCAGGACCUGGGAAUUCUUGUUGAGAUGGGCGGACUAGAGUUUGAGAUCGACGAUAUGGACCGAAACACCUGUCCGUGGAAUGUCGUGCUCAGCGUCGCCGGAUACAAGUAUAGGAUACUCGAGGUGGAAGCUUCCCAAGACCUGGUUGAAUGGAGGCGAUCGGGGAAUACCGGGAAAUUUGCGAUUCUGAUGCCACAAAUCGAACUGAAGGCUUUGUUGGAAGAUGUUGAAUAUCGGGUGAAUGGAUUGGGGAGCCAUACCAGCGCAUUGCCCUUUGGUCUGCUUGUGUCGGUGCCAAGCGAGUCCGAGACACGGAAUGUUGACUCUAAACGGCUGAGCACUAAUUCAACUGAAGACGUGCUUCAUGUUUGUCGGAGAGAGAUGGUGGAGUUUGAGAUUCUCUUGGACGAUGAGGACGAUAGCGCCAUGGAGCUAGAUGCAGUUUUCGAGGGCGAAGAGGACAAUGAGAUGGGGGAGACGGCAUCUUCUGCAGAUGGUAUUAGCACUAACGAUCAUCUAGUGGAGGUCAAAGUGGUGUCGGAGACUCAGAAAUGGUGGGUUGGAUGA